CCGUCCAGGCCACACCCCCUCCCGCACCUCUCGCGAGACUUGGCGCGCGGCCCUGCCCGGCCCGGUUGGUGCUCGCCGCCGCCGCCGCUUUUGCCGCUCGCGGCUCCGUCCGCUCUGCUCGCCUGGAUGGCGUCCGACUCCGACACCGAGGAGCUCUUCUACGACGCGCCCGAGGACGUCGCCCAGCACGGAGGGACACCCUCGCCGUCGCCAACCAAAGUUGGGCUGCCAGUACCGAAGGAACUGGCCAGUGAUCCACAGACAGCAGAGUGUGAGGCCAGGACACUGGAAGUCAAGCAAGAGGACCCUAAAGAGAUAAUUGACAAUAUUAUAGAAGAAAGCCAAAAGGUGCACCAGCUUGAGGAUGAUCCAUUGGGCGCAUCAGAAAAGGAACUGGCUGAUCCCCCGCCAAACGCAGAUGCUUGGAUUUCUGGAGCAGACAUUCUCCAGCAUAUUCCGGCACUCUUGGUUGCAGAAGCAGCGUUGCUGCAAGGGCAUGAUGAGGAGCCUUCAUGUUGUGGCACGGUUGUGGCAAACGGGACAGAGCCCAAGCAGGGUUUGCAUCACGGUGACGCGUUGAAGCACCAGGAAGGAGACUUCUCUGCUAGAUCAACAGAAAUUGCAAGCGAGACCCGGUUGCUAAAAGCAGCGGAAGGAAAUGAGGCGGAAGACAGAUUGAAAAGCGAGGAAGUGGCCGAUGUGAGGCAGUUGGAUGUGUUGGAGGCUUCCGCAGAAUUCUUGCCCGCCGAAGAUUCGUCAACGGCUGAUGAGCCGCCUCCAGUCAAACCGCCACGGCAGCUCACUGUAGAACCAGACAUUGUCGCCAGCACAAAGAAAUCUGGUCCUGUCCGGCCUCCUCCUCCAGCAGGCCUCCCACCACCCAGGCCCCCACCCCCUGCCCGGCCUGCCCCACCCCCAAGGAAGAAAAAGAGCGACUUAGAGUUGGAAACACACAAAAUACCUGGUCUGGAAGUUCCUAAGGAGGCUUUUUCAGCUGGCGGACUCUUGCCUCCAAACGCGUCGAUGGACUUCAUGGCCAAAGAUUCUCAGCCUUCCUUGGAUCUGGCGAGUGCAACAAGUGGGGACAAAAUCGUCACUGCACAGGAAAAUGGAAAGUCGGCUGAUGGACAGAUGAUCUCAAGUGAAGUGCUUGGGCCUCAGAGACCCAGAUCUAAUUCUGGCAGGGAACUCACAGAUGAGGAAAUCCUGGCCAGCGUCAUGAUCAAGAAUCUUGACACAGGAGAGGAGAUACCUUUGAGUUUGGCUGAGGAGAAGCUGCCCACCGGCAUCAACCCCCUGACGCUGCACAUCAUGAGACGGACUAAGGAAUAUAUCAGUAAUGACGGGGCACAGUCAGAUGAUGAAGACAAAAUGCAGUCGCAGCAAAGUGACACCGAUGGAGGACGUUUAAAGCAGAAGACGACUCAGCUGAAAAAGUUCUUGGGCAAAUCGGUCAAGAGGGCGAGGCACCUAGCGGAAGAAUAUGGAGAGCGUGCCGUCAAUAAAGUGAAGAGCGUUCGAGAUGAAGUCUUCCACACCGACCAAGAUGACCCCUCCUCGAGCGAUGACGAAGGCAUGCCGUACACCAGGCCAGUGAAAUUCAAGGCGGCCCAUGGCUUCAAGGGACCGUAUGACUUUGAGCAAAUUAAAGUCGUUCAGGAUCUCAGUGGGGAGCACAUGGGUGCAGUUUGGACAAUGAAGUUUUCCCACUGCGGCAGGCUGCUUGCUUCGGCAGGUCAGGACAACAUGGUGAGGAUCUGGGUACUGAAGAAUGCUUUCGACUACUUUAACAACAUGCGGAUGAAGUACAACACGGAAGGCCGAGUGUCACCCUCCCCAUCUCAAGAGAGUCUGAAUUCUUCCAAGUCAGAUAAUGAUAUGGGGGUGUGCAGCAGCACUGAUGAGGACCCUGAUGAUAAAAAUACGCCAUUUCGCCAGCGGCCGUUCUGCAAAUAUAAAGGACACACAGCAGAUCUCCUUGACUUGUCUUGGUCUAAAAAUUACUUUCUACUCUCUUCUUCCAUGGAUAAGACCGUCAGGCUGUGGCACAUCUCUAGGCGGGAGUGCCUCUGCUGCUUCCAGCACAUCGACUUUGUCACUGCUAUCGCCUUCCAUCCAAGGGACGACAGAUACUUCUUAAGUGGCUCGCUGGACGGAAAGUUGAGACUUUGGAACAUUCCUGACAAAAAAGUGGCGCUGUGGAACGAAGUGGACGGGCAGACCAAGCUCAUCACAGCAGCCAACUUUUGCCAGAAUGGCAAAUAUGCUGUGAUUGGCACCUAUGAUGGCCGGUGCAUCUUCUAUGACACUGAGCACUUGAAGUAUCAUACGCAGAUACAUGUGCGGUCAACUAGAGGCCGGAAUCGAGUUGGAAGGAAAAUCACUGGAAUUGAGCCCUUGCCGGGGGAGACUAAGAUCCUGGUGACAUCAAACGACUCUCGAAUCCGGCUGUACGACCUGAGAGAUUUGUCUCUGUCUAUGAAGUACAAGGGCUAUGUCAACAGCAGCAGCCAGAUCAAAGCCAGCUUCAGCCAUGACUUCACGUACAUUGUUAGUGGUUCGGAAGAUAAAUACGUUUACAUCUGGAGCACCUACCAUGACUUAAGCAAGUUUACUUCCGUAAGGAGGGACCGCAACGACUUCUGGGAGGGUGUAAAAGCACAUAAUGCAGUUGUCACAUCAGCCAUUUUUGCCCCAAAUCCCAGCUUGAUGGUAUCAUUGGAAACGCCUGAAAAGCAACAGCCCGAAAGCAAAGACGAAGAUUCUGAAUCGGCGGAUCCCAUUCCUUCUGGAGCUUUGAAGACGGAUCACACAGAAGUACUUCUGUCAGCUGACUUUACUGGAGCCAUCAAGGUCUUCAUUAACAAAAAGAAAAAUGUAUCUUAAAAUCAUUGGUAACUCAACAGCAUCAUGAUAAUGGUACCUGGGUGUGAAUCAUGUGAUCGGCGAAGCAAAGUAUAAUAUAGUGUCGGAGGUUGUCUUAUUUUUGAACUCUUUCAUUUAAAGCUGUUCCAUUAGACCUCUUGGGGAAGCAGCACCUGAACAAUUAACUCCACUGGCUUUUAGAAUAGAAAGGGAGGCACAUGGGUAGUGUGGCCAAAUGGCGACUCAGUCUUGCGUUUUCUGAAUAAUUCUUUUUUGCUAAAUACCUUUUGCCAUGCACAGGAUUUUGCAUGAAAAGGGCAAUGAGAUGUAUGUACCUUUUGGGGUUACAUGCACCAAAUUGAGCUUAAGUGAAAAUUUAAUUUAUUGGUUGACAGGGGAGGUAUUUUAAUCUUUUGCAAAGAUGCUGUGCUGGUCUAAGACAACAACUACCGUCUCUUUCCAGCAAAGUUGAUCUAUUUCUGAGUAUGUGUUAACGGAGCUCAAAUUGUGGCUGGAUCCCGUAACGUUCUGUGAGGUCCUCCUCUGUUCCUUGCCCUGCAUAGGGUUUGCAGCAACCAUGUAUCAGUGUUUUAUAAUGUAGAUUUCGUUGUCUUCUAAUUGUUGUGCACUCUAGAUUCCCUUCUUAAUAUAUACUUCUUCCUUUUUUUGCACACUGGAGCACAAUAUUUCUAUGAAAGAGUCUCUCAUUCCUUAUUCAUGGGCACUGGGUUAUGCUCACCUUAAAAAAAAUAAAGCUGCAUUAGGAACAAUUCUUAUAUUUUACAACAAUGUAAAAUAAACUGUUUACAUAUUUUUUAAAGCAUUGUAGUUUAAAAUAAUGUCUUUUUUUGUUUAGAGCUAACUGAAUUUAAAAGUCUUUGUAAAUAUUCAUAAAGUGUAUACCAAUGAAAUAACAUUUUGGGGUGUUGUACCCUGCAAAAUGUUGUUGAUGGUUCCUGUUUCAGAGGACAAAAGAUGUAUCAUUAAAAUUGGUCAUGUUGAAA